GUUUCUGCAGUCUUCAAACUUUUCUGGCACAGUAAUUCAUCCACCAACACAAGGACAUAUAAACCGCCAUUACCAGCCCUAUAAAAAACAAUCGGGACAACAAAGGGAAAGACAGCAAGAAAAAGCGUGGGAGAGGCCAAGCGAGGCAGCGCCCUGGGGUUCAGACCCGGGUGGAAGGGCGCGAGGCGCCUCGGCCGCUCCCAGCCCAACCCUCAUAGCUCUGGGAUUUCUGGCCCGCCCCCUGCGCCGCCCGCAUUUCCGGCCAGAUGUUGGGAGGCUCUACAUGGCGCUGCUAGGCCGUGUCCUCUUUGCUUGGGGCCGCGGUCCUCGGCGGUUUUUUAGGUAUGGAACAAAAAUAUUAUAUCAAAACAAUGAAGAUUUUCAGUCUAAAUUCUUUCCACCCUUUCAAAAAGUGAUGCUACCACCAAAUAGUUUUCAAGGAAAAGUAGCAUUCAUUACUGGGGGAGGUACUGGCCUUGGUAAAGGAAUGACAACUCAUCUGUCCAGCCUAGGUGCACAGUGUGUGAUAGCCAGCCGAAAAAUUGAUGUUCUGAAAGCAACUGCAGAACAAAUUUCUUCUCAAACUGGAAAUAAGGUUCAUGCAAUUCAGUGUGAUGUGAGGGAUCCUGGUAUGGUGCAAAGCACUGUGUCAGAGCUGAUCAAAGUCGUAGGGCAUCCUGAUAUUGUGAUAAACAAUGCAGCAGGGAAUUUUAUUUCUCCCACUGAAAGACUGUCUCCUAAUGCUUGGAAGACCAUAACUGACAUAGUUCUAAAUGGCACAGCCUUUGUGACACUAGAAAUUGGAAAGCAACUAAUCAAAGCACAGAAAGGAGCAUCGUUUCUUGCUAUUACAACCAUCUAUGCUGAGACUGGGUCAGGUUUUGUAGUACCAAGUGCUUCUGCCAAAGCAGGAGUGGAGGCCAUGAACAAGUCUCUUGCAGCUGAAUGGGGUAAAUAUGGAAUGAGAUUCAACGUGAUUCAACCGGGGCCUAUAAAAACCAAAGGUGCCUUUAGCCGUCUUGACCCAACUGGAGCUUUUGAGAAAGAAAUGAUUGAUAGAAUUCCCUGUGGUCGGCUAGGAACUGUGGAAGAACUUGCAAAUCUUGCUGCUUUCCUUUGUAGUGAUUAUGCUUCUUGGAUUAAUGGAGCUGUAAUUAGAUUUGAUGGUGGUGAGGAAGUACUUAUUUCAGGGGAAUUCAACAGUCUGAGGAAGGUCACCAGGGAGCAGUGGGACACAAUAGAAGGACUCAUCAGGAAGACGAAAGGCUCCUAAGACUACUCUGGCCUUCAUCUUGGUUAUAAUGGAAAUUAUACAAACUGUCUAUAAUCUUUUGACUAUUUUCAAGCCUAAUAAAUUGUUACUUAGCAAACAUUGAGCGUGUAUU